AUGGAUUAUGAUUUGCUUAUUAUUGGAGCCGGACCAGCGGGCUUAACCGCAGCUAUUUAUGCUCAGCGGGCUUUACUAAAAACUUUAAUGGUGGAAAAAUCUCUCGCGGGGGGAAAGUUAAAUAAAACUGCGGACGUGGACAACUAUCCUGGUUUUAUCACCAUUAAAGGACCCGAACUAGCUGAAAAAAUGGUCGCUCAGGCCAAAUAUUAUAAGAUUGAUUGGAACGAAGGUGAAGUCGUUAAAUUAACUAAAAAGGAAAAUAAGUUUAUUAUCGGAACCAAUGAAGGAAACAUUUUUACCAGUAAGGUAAUUAUUAUUGCCUCCGGAGCGAUUGAAAAUAAAUUGGGAGUGAAAGGAGAAAAAGAGUUUACUAAUCGGGGAGUUUCUUAUUGUGCUAUUUGCGACGGUUGGCUUUUUCGGGGACAGGCAGUAGCCAUAGUCGGGGGUGGUUAUUCGGCUUUGGAAGCGGCUUUAUAUAUGAGUAAUAUUGCCAGUAAAGUUUAUUUAAUUCACCGGCGCAACAGUUUCCGUGCCGAAAAAGAAAUAGUGGAGCACACCCAAAAUAAUCCGCAAAUAACUUUUUUUCUCAACUCUUUGCUAACAGAAAUUAAAGGGAACCGAGAAGUAGAAAAAAUAAUAAUUAGUAAUAGAGAAAAUCAGACCGAACAGGAAUUAUUAGUGCGAGCGGUUUUUCCUUGUAUUGGACUUUUGCCAUUUAGCAAUUUUACUCACGAACUAGGUAUUCAUGACCAACAAAAUUAUAUUACCAUUAAAGACGAUUGCUCGACAGAAGUUCCAGGUUGCUUUGCCGCCGGAGAUGUAGCCAGAAUUAACGAGAAUAAAAUCAAACAAAUUGUUACGGCUGUAGCCGAAGGAGCGAUUGCUGCUCAAUCAGUAAUUAAAUAUUUAGAAAAGAGAAAGUAA